GCCACCUGAUGGCCUAGGACUUCGGGCAUAGUAGGCGUCUAUCGCAGUUCAAUACACUACGCCGCUUCAGCAUCUGCCUUACGACGAGUUGCCUCCCAAGUUUGAUAUCUUGGACCAUUUUUGCAUUCAAAUGACUUUCUCGCAGCUCUGCUGGCAUAUUCCUUGUCUUCCUUCCCCCCUCCCCCCCAUAAAUCGUCUUUGCCGGUGUCAGACGUAGUCGCUCACAAUGGAUACUACGUUUUCGGACGACGAGAAGCGGUUCGUCUUAGGUGAAAUGAUUAAAGUCAGCACUAUAGAUGUCUCUACCCUUGUCGACUUCAUCAAGGCUCACCAGGUCGAGCCGAACUGGAUGUCGAUGCAACUCCCCGGUGGCCGCAAUAUGAAUCAGUGUUUCGGUGCGGUCGAAAACAUGUUCCAGACUAAAUAUCCGCCGCCGAACUUAACAAACUCCAAGCGCAAGUCCCUAAGCGAUCUGGCCGAACACCCCGCAAAGAGGCAGGCGAUGAUGGCCCCUAUCGAGCCUCCUCUAGCUCCAGCGCGUAUCAUCCAGCCGCGCCGCCCUUUAAAUGGUUAUCCACCUGCCGUACCAGUUAGCAUCAGCCCGCCUGUAACUUUGACAGGCAAGAAGCGAGGUCGGCCUUCCAAGGCCGACAAGGAAGCCCAAGCUCGCUCGGCCUAUUUGCGGGUAGUGGAGUAUGCGCCCAUCACACCGGCUCCUCUAGCCCCCAUCGCAGUUCAACCCCAACGUGAAUACGCAUCCUCACCUGGAUACGAAAUUUCGAGCAACCCGGUUGACCAGAAAUCGAGAAAACGAGGCUUUGGUGCAGUCGACAGCCCGCAACAAGGGAAUCUCUCUUUCCCCUUAGCUUCGCCGGCUUCGACCACGGACACGCCUCGUGCCCUCCCGGAACCCAUCGACCAAGUAGAAAGGGCCAACUUAUCACCUCGAGAUCGAGGGUCACUCGCCUUGGAUUCACGAUCAUCACCGCAUCCUCCACACACGCAGCAACAACAACAGCAGCAGCAACAUGAUACCUUACAUGGACUUCCUCCUCUACAACCUCGAACGCAGCAGCCUCUUCAUCCGCCCCCUUUCCCGCCAUCGCCACGAAAUUCCCAUCCGUACGAAUCCAAUAGGGCUAUGAUUGAUCCCAUAUUCCCGAAUAGAGAUAGGUCGCGAAGUAUCCCAGAACCACUAAAAGACGCCCACCCCCCGGUAACCACGGUAUCGAAUCGGAGUUAAAAGAAGAGUGCAGUAUAUUUAGACGACCAAUUUGGUCAUACGGGUGUCACGAUCCCCUUUUCGGGUAUUUUGGGCUCAUAGAGGGAAAGGGUUUUUUUUGGUUUCUUGCAAAGCUUCUAGGGAUUAAAUAACAUCCCUUAUACGUUUCUAGGCAUUUCACGUCUUCGGGAAGGAUAGGAUACUGCUUCACGAUAUACCCCACACGGCUUCUUAUUCUGUUCUUACUG